AGAAGGGCAUAAACAAUUAGAAUUUCGAGAACGUGAAUCAAUUUGUUAAAAGCGUUUAAAGUGUUGAAAAUGUCAAUGUUGUUCAAAAGAUUGUUUCCUCAGAAAUUUGCUGUCAUUGGUAUGAUUCAUGUCGACCCGCUUCCAGGUACACCGUUGUUCAAAGGCAACUUUGAAACUGUAGUUUCAAAGGCCAUCGACGAAGCCAACAUAUACCUCACAAAUGGAGUUGAUGGAAUAAUGAUUGAAAAUAUGCACGAUAUUCCUUACAUUCAAAGUUCUAACAUUGGUCCUGAAACGAUUGCUUGUAUGACGAGGGUCGCAAGUAUGGUGAAAUUAACUGUCGGUUCUUCGAUUCCGUGUGGCGUGCAGAUUCUAGCGUGUGGCAAUAUAGAAGCUUUGGCAGUUGCGAAGGCGUGUAAUUUAGACUUUAUUCGUGCAGAAGGAUUUGUUUUCUCCCAUGUUGCUGAUGAAGGUUUUACUGAUGCAUGUGCUGGGAAAAUUCUAAGAUAUCGUAAAAAUAUUGAUGCUUCGAAUGUUGCCGUUUUGACGGACAUUAAAAAGAAACACAGUUCACAUGCAAUCACAAAAGAUAUCUCAAUAUUGGAAGCUGCGCAAGCCGCGGAAUUUUUCCUUUCGGAUGGUAUAAUAUUGACAGGAACAUCAACAGGCUCUGAAACGAAUGUGGAUGAUAUCUUGUGCCUGAAAAAUAAAAUCGAUUCCCCGCUUAUCGUAGGAUCAGGAGUAACAUUAGAUAACGUUGAACGAUAUUGGCACUUGGCGGAUGCCGCAAUAAUUGGAUCUUAUUUUAAACAGGGGGGUAAUUGGAAAAAUCAACUAGAUGAACAGAAGAUAAGUGACCUGAUAAGUAAACUUAAAUGCUUUCGGAAACAAUAAAUAUCAUCUCUAAGCUAUGUCACAUAAAGAUUUAUGAUUUAAUUUUUCAACAAUAAAUGUCCUUUAGGUUUCAGUUUUUGACUCACAAUGUUCCGUUUGUUGUUUAGUUGAUUUUCUUUCAGAUGAUUAUAACGCUGAAGAGCAAAAUCCAUUUCACUUGACAUAACAACGAUUUUCUGUGCCAAGUUUCUUUGUUGUAUCAUUCGCUUGGUUUGAUUUGCCUAGAUAUAA